AUGGAUUACACACACGGACAAUCAAAUGAUUAUCCACUCCGAAUUCUCGUACCCAGCGAUUCUGUUGGAGCUGUUAUUGGUAAACAAGGUGCAACAGUUAAGCAAAUAAAACAAACUACACAUGCGAAAGUUGAUGUGAAUAAGAGUGAAUCUUCAAAUAGUCAAGAACGAAUGAUUGUUAUUCGUGGCCAACAAGAAAAUUGUAUACAAGCCUGUCGAGAAGUUUACCGAAUAAUGUAUGAAGAUUCGAAGAAUAAGAAUAAAACAAAUGAAAUCGUAGUCAAAGUUCUUGCACAUAAUAAUUUUAUCGGUCGAAUCAUUGGCAAAGGUGGAAAUAUCAUAAAUACAAUUAAAAAUGAAACCGAAACAAACAUAGCGGUGUCAAGUAUAAAUGAAUUAAAUUCAUACAAUACCGAACGAGUCAUAUCGAUCAAGGGUGAAUUGGAGCAGCAGAUGCGUGCUUUGGAAGCUAUCUACGGAAAAUUAUGUUUGGCAUACGAAAGUGAUAACACUCGAGCAUGGAAUUAUUCAUCUCAAUAUUAUCAGCAACAGCAACAAUUGAUGCAGCACUUCGCUCAACAAGCGGCGGUGAUGGCGACUGGUGGCCCACUUUUGUCGACGCCACAUUAUCCUCAGGCGGCACAACCGAUAAUUCAACAACAACAACCACAAACAAACAAUAGUAACGGUACCCCAAACAAAUAUGUGGAGCAAGCGAAUUCAAAUGCAAUCUAUCAUCCAACGUACUAUACAUCGAUGUUUCCAGCCUCGGGCCCCUUUUACAUGCCCUAUGCAUCGUCGGGUCCAAUGAUGCCAUCUCAGCCGAAUCCUUACGUCAACGGGCAGUUUCCUUCUCAGCAACAACAUUUAUAUUCGUUACAAAACGCACCAGUAGCUGUGGAAACUGUUCACUUGUAUGUUCCCAAUACGAUCAUCGGGGCUAUCAUCGGUAGCAAAGGUCUUUUUAUUAAAAGCAUCAUUAGAAAUUCCAACGCCAUGGUUAAAAUUGCUCCGUUGAAUUCCGAUGAAGAUCAAACUAAAAUCGUUGAUCGUCAAGUAACGAUUACAGGUACACCUGAAGCGCAGUGGAAAAGCCAAUAUUAUAUAUAUGAUAAAAUUCGACAAGAAGGAUAUGCCGGUGACGAUGAAGUACGACUUCGAGCAGAAAUCUUUGUUCCAACAUCGCUGAUCGGGCGUUUAGUCGGUAAAGGUGGACAUAACCAAUCAACAGGUGCAAUUAUAAAAUUGCCUGAUGACUCGCAACAAACAUCAGCAAGCGAAGUACCCGUUAAAAUCAUUGGUUCUUUUCAAGCUAGUCAAUUUGCACAACGACGUAUUCAGUCCAUCAUACAAAUGGCUCGUGAUACGACUACGGAUGACCAGAAUCAAAGCAUCAAUGAACAAAUCAAUGGCAUUAAUAAAAUUAAUCUCAAUGAAGUCUCGACAGUAGUAAACGGAAGCACAAUAAGUGAUGAUGCUGUUGUGGCAUCGAGUACAUUACAAAAUCCUGACGAUAGUAUAACAGCCGCUGAUGAUCAAAAGUCCAGAGUUGAAUAA